GUGCCUUAAGCUCAGUGAUCCCUAAAAAGACCAUGUAUACAUCAUGUUCCCUUCAAUAUGAGGUGGACUUGACGCAGAUGCCUGUCUAUGAAGGGAUCUCAUAUCUGAGCUAUGUUUAUACAUCCACAGACCCGGUCUAUUAUUUUCCGGAGUCUGCAUCAUCUGCUUGGAGGCACUGGGACAGACUUUCCCAUACCGGCAACUUCCAUGCAAACAUCUUUUCCACCGGCCGUGCAUUGACGACUGGGUCUGCAAUCGAGAUACAAGGUGUCCUCUUUGCUGCCGAACAUUUCGUCACCUGCAUCAAGCUCGUAGUGAAAUAA